GGCUGACGACCUUUCUCCUCUUUGACCUCACCUCUGGCGCCUCUCCUGCUCCUGCUGCUGAUGCUGAUCCCUCUGUCCGCUCUCAGUGGGCCACCCGCGAUGCUGCUGCACGUCUUGCUGUGCGUCGCCACCUCCCUACCUCUGAGCGUGCGCACUUUAGCCAGUACAAGAGUGCUCAGACCUUGUACGACGCUGUAGUUGCGCGCUACUACUCCUCCCCUGCCACUGCUGCACUGAGUCUGACACUCGCUACCCCCCGCGCCGCCCUUCCUGCUGAGUUCUGCGCUAAGAACCCCCCCCCCAUAUACAUCGCUCUCUACUACGUAGUCGCGCGCCUCCCUGACUCCCUUCGCAUCGUCAGGGACCACUUUCUCGCUGUCUGUCCCACCACCCUCACCGUCGACCUCCUCGAGAAGGCCCUCCUCGCAGCGGAGAAGAGCAUAGUCGCUGUAGGUGCUUCUCGUGGUGACCCUCGCACCCCCAUCUUUGAGGGGUGCUCUCCUUCCCCCUUGCUGCCCUCUGUUGCCUCUGCUGCUGCUGCCGACCUGCUUGGUCUUGAGUCGGUCGGCGCGGCGUCUGCCCCUAGUGGGAGACGUCGCUCCAGCAAGGGCAAGGGUGGCAAGGGCGCGGGUGGAGCUGGAGGGGGGCGGUGGCGGUGGGCGGCGGUGGCGGCGGAGGGAGUGGGGGUGGCGGCGGGACUAGUGGCGGGGGUGGUGGUGGUGGUGGCAGCAGCGGCGGAGACGGUGGUGGUGGUGCCAGCGGUGGUGGUGGUGGCAGCGGCGGAGGUGGGGGCGGCGGAGGUGGAGGCGGUGGAGGCGGCAGCGCAGGAGGCGGUGGUGGUGGAGGAGGUGGAGCUGGUCGAGGUGGUACCCAGCAGCGUAGCGGCGGUGGUGGUGGCCAGCGCUCGCAGCGGCAGCAGCAGCAGCGCUCGCGGGACUUCCCUCCGCCUCAGCAGCUUCGUGAGUGGUACGCUGGGCGUCAGAGGGGUGGGGGUACUGGUCCCUGCACCUACGGCUGGUGUAGCGAUCUUUGAUCUUGAUUUUGAUGCUAUCCUUGCUGCUAUGUAUGCUGUGGAUUAUAGUGAGGAGAAUGAGGGUUACCGGUGUUUCCAGCCCGACCCGGGCAUUGGUGCUGCUGCGCUAGGUGCUUGUGAGGCUGCUGCUCUAGGUGCCAGUGCGUCUACCGCACUACCCUUACGCCGCUCGGCCCGGCCGGUUGCGGUCUCCCUUGCUGACCCCUCUGGGGGUCCUGUCCUGUCUCACUUCUCCACUGUCCUCCCGUGUCCGGCUGCCCCUUCGGGCACCCUGUCUGGUCUGUACCUUCCCUCGUUCUCUACGAACUUGGUGAGUGGUGCAGCCCUCCAGGAUGCGGGGGUUCACCAGUUCACUCCUGCGAGUCAGCGGGAGACCCACUGCACGGACGCACGCACAGGCCGACACCUAGCCACCUUCUCGCGUCGGCCGGGGUCGAGUCUCUACACCCUGACCACUUCGUCUCCUCCUGUCCCUGCGUCCGGUCAGGUAGCUGCGUCAGGUCAGGUGCUUGCUGCUGCGUCCUGGUCAGGUCCUGAGUCUGCCCCCUGUUCUUGUCGCCUCCUGUCUCACGAGACUCUCCUGUGGCACCACCGUCUUGGCCACCCCUCCUUGCCCCGUCUUCGGAGCAUGGCUUCCCGUGUCCUUGUCUCUGGUCUUCCCCAGUCUCUCCCUCCUCUCCCCUCCGGGCCAGGACCUUCUUGUGUCCCCUGUGUCGAGGGUCGCCUCCGGGCUACUCCUCACUUCUCCCACUUCCCCCCGACAGAGGCUCCCCUGCAGACGCUUCACAUGGAUGUGUGGGGCCCAGCCCCCGUCCGUGGGCAGGGUUACGAGCGCUACUUCCUGUUGGUGGUUGACGACUACUCGCGUUACACCACAGUCCUCCCCUUGCGCAGCAAGGGUGCGGUCACUGAGGUGCUGAUCGACUGGAUCCGCGAGGCUCGUCUCCAGCUCAGGAAGAGCUUCGGCUCGGACUUUCCUGUUCUGCGUCUGCACUCGGACAGAGGCGGAGAGUUCUCUUCUCGCCUUCUGCGGGACUACUGUCGUGCACGGGGGAUCCGCCAGACCUUCACGCUUCCGGACUCACCACAGCAAAAUGGGAUUGCUGAGCGCCGCAUUGGCAUGGUCAUGGAUGUCGCUCGUACGUCCAUGAUGCAUGCGGCUGCCCCCCAUUUUCUGUGGCCGUUUGCGGUGAGGUACGCGGCGCAUCAGCUCAACCUUCACCCCCGGGUCUCUCGGCCUGCGAUGUCCCCAGCCUUGCUGUGGACGGGGAAGGUUGGCGAUGCGUCUGUGUUCCGUGUCUGGGGAUCUCGGGCGUUUGUCCGCGACUUGUCUGCGGACAAGCUGUCCCCUCGUGCUGCUCCCUGUGUCUUCCUUGGCUUCCCCACUGACGCCCCAGGGUGGCAGUUUUACCACCCCUCCUCUCGUCGUGUUCUGUCCUCCCAGGACGUCACGUUCGACGAGUCAGUCCCCUUCUACUGUCUCUUCCCCUACCGCACUCCUUCCCUCCCCCCUCCCCCGGACUUCCUUGUGCCGGUUCCCCCCCCGGUAGACCCCCUCCCCCCUCAGGUUCCUGCCCCUUCAGGUGUGUCCCAGGUAGACGCCGUUGACCCGGUCGAGGUUACUGGUGACUCUGGUGCUGCUGCGGGUGCUGAGCCUGGGGGUGCUGACUCUGGGGGUGCUGUGCGCGGGGGUGCUGAGCCUGGGGGUGCUACUGCUGGGGGUGCUGGGACUGAGGGUGCUACUGCGGAGGGUGCGGAGCCUGGGGGUGCUGAGCCGGGGGGUGCUGUGCCUGGAGGUGCUGAGUCUAGGGGUGCUGGGUCGGGAGCUACUGAGCCUGGGGGUGCUGUGCUGGGAGCUGCUGAGCCUGGGGGUGCUGCGUCUGGAGCUGCUGAGCCUGGGGGUGCUGCGUCUGGAGCUGCUGAGCCUGGGGUUUCUCCUGCUGCUGCGUCUCGCCGGGAGCCCCUCUCUCCACAGGAGCUGCGCGAGUGGUUCGCUCGCCGCUGGAGACGUGCUGCUGAGUCUGGAGUUGCGGCUGGAGCUGGAGCUGGAGCUUCUUCGACCGUCGAGGGUGCGGGUGCUGCCGGUCCCGGAGCUGCUGGACCUGCGGGUCCUCCUGGAGCUGGAGCUGCUGAGGGCGUUGGUGCUGAGCCUACUGCUGUUGGUCCUGCCGCUGGAGGUGUGGGUGGCACUGGUGCUGUCGCUGAGGGUGCUGGUGCUGUCCCUGCUGCGUCUCGAGCUGCCGCGCGGCCUCGGCCGUACUUCGUUCCGCUCCUGCAGCAGGUUCUUGGUCUUUCUCCUCCAGUAGAGGGUCCACCGCCUGUCCAGUCGCAGUCCCUGCUGGAGCCUUCCUCUCCACUGCCUGCUCCCUCUCCUUACACUGGUCCUACUGGAGGUCUUGCUGAGCGUCGUGAGCCUGCGUCUCGUCCCGCGUCGCCUGUUCGUGCUGCUCGCACUAGUGGUCGCAGUUCGCGUCAGCGUCCUCCUCCUGUCCCUGGCACGCACCGGAUGUCUUUGCGUCCGUCCACUGCUCCUCUGCGUGCCCCUUUGCCUUCUCCUCCUGAGUCUUCUCUUCCUGCGCUUGCCGACCCUGAGUCGGACUCUCUUCGUGCUGCCAGUCCUACUGUCACGCGUCUGCUUGCUACUGUCGUCACCGACCCCUCUUUUGAGUCCACUGCUGCGUCUGCUCUUGUCGCUGAGCUCGUCGACUUUGCUGCUCGCUGUCGUCUAGACUACGCUGCUAGUCUUGUUGCUGAGUCUGCGUCUGUCUGUCCUCCGUCCGUCGGGGGUGAGUAUGCUCUUGGCACGGACGUCCUAGAGGACAGGCAGGAGGAGUUACAGUGUCUAGCGGCUGCUUCACCUCAUCUCGCGUCUGUACUGCUUGCCCCUGAGGGAGACCCGGAUGCACUAGACAUCCCGACUCCGCGUUCUUACGCGGAGGCCGUAGAGGGUCCCUACUCCUCUCAGUGGCAGGCAGCUAUGGAUGCAGAGAUGGCUUCCUGGAAGUCCACAGGCACCUACGUUGACGCGGUUCCCCCUCCUGGGGCGAACAUCGUCAGUGGCAUGUGGAUCUUCAGGGUGAAGCGGCCGCCGGGCUCUCCACCUGUCUUCAAGGCACGGUAUGUUGCUCGUGGCUUCAGUCAGCGGCAGGGAGUUGACUACUUUCAGACCUUCUCUCCCACCCCGAAGAUGACUACUCUUCGGGUGCUGCUGCACAUAGCCGCUCAGCGCGACUACGAGCUUCACUCUCUCGACUUCAGCACUGCGUUCUUGCAGGGUAGCCUGCACGAGGAGAUCUGGCUUCGCCGUCCACCUGGCUUCACUGGGACUUUCCCUCCUGGCACCCAGUGGAGCCUCCGACGGCCAGUCUACGGUCUCCGCCAGGCACCGCGUGAGUGGCACGACACACUGAGGACUACGCUUGCGGCUCUUGGGUUUGCUCCUUCUACUGCUGACCCGUCGCUGUUUCUUCGCACCGACACUUCCCUGCCGCCGUUCUACAUCCUCGUGUGCGUCGACGACUUGGUCUUUGCCACAGCGGACAUUGCUGGACUCGCCUACGUGAAGUCCGAGCUGCUGAAGAGACACACGUGCACAGACCUGGGUGAACUGCGCAGCUACCUUGGCUUGCAGAUCACUCGGGACAGAGCACGCCGCACCAUUACCUUGACUCAGUCACACAUGGUGCAGCAGGUCCUUCAGCGCUUCGGCUUCACGUACUCCUCGCCUCAGGCCACUCCCCUGCCUACUCGCCACUCACUCUCAGCUCUGCCUUCGGAUGAGUCCGUAGAGUCGAGUGGUCCGUAUGCAGAGCUUGUUGGCUGCCUCAUGUACCUGAUGACUUGCACACGACCUGACCUUGCAUACCCUCUGAGCAUUCUUGCACGCUAUGUUGCUCCUGGGAGACACAGACCGGAGCACAUGGCUGCAGCGAAGAGGGUAUUGUGCUACCUGUGCAGUACGUCGGGCAUGGGGCUAGUGCUUGGAGGGCGGAGUCCAGUGGUCCUUGCCGGCCAUGCGGACGCUUCUUGGGCUGACGACCAGGCUACGCAGCGGUCGUCACAGGGUUACACCUUCAGCCUUGGUUCCGGCUCUGUCUCGUGGCGGUCUACUCGCUCGUCUUCGGUUCUCGGCUCCAGUUGUGAGGCUGAGAUCUACGCCGGGGCCAUGGCUGCACAGGAGCUUCGCUGGCUCACCUACUUGCUGACUGACCUUGGAGAGCCGCCUCGUUCUCCUCCAGUGCUGUACGUAGACAACAAGGCCAUGCUGGCCUUGUGUCGAGAGCAGCGCUUGGAGCACAGAACGAAGCACAUUGCUCUCCGCUACUUCCUUGCUCGUGAGCUGCAGCAGCGUGGUCAGUUGCGACUUGCGUACGUGGCCUCUGAGGCCAACACUGCUGAUGUGUUCACCAAGGCACUUGCGCCUUGUGACCAUCAGCGCUUUUGUACCCAGCUGGGUCUUGUGCCUGUCUUGCCUCACUUGCUCUCUUCUUGA